AUUGUAUUCAAUUAUAUAACUUUAAUUCAUUACUUACAUUUACCUAAUACCCUUUCAUAAAGUAGUAUAGACUACUCACUAUUCAUCAGUAAUCUCUCUAUUCAAUUCUAUCUUGGAUAAUCCUUCCUCAUAUAGAAACAUUUACUUACAUAUAAUAAAUUGAAUUAUAUUAUUUAUUAUCAUGAAAUUAGAUUAUAUUUUAUUCUAAAAAAAGAGAAAAAAAAAGAAAAAAGAAAAGAAAAAAGAGAAAAAAGAAAAGAAAAAAAGUGAAAAAAAGAAAAUUAUUAAUGAUGAAUAAUCAAUUCAAUAAAUUAAAUAAAAUAACUAAUUUACAAUUAUAUCGAAUUAUUCAAUUAAAUGAUAGUCAAAUUUUUUCAUUUAUAAUACCAUCACAAUUUAUUAAAGGUUAUUUACAAAAUAUACAAUCUAAAAAAUUUUAUUAUUCUGGUCAUUAUUGGUUUAUACGUAUAGAAUAUUAUAUAGAUACAAAUAAUGAUAAUAAUGAUAAGGAAUCUAAGACUACUACUACUACUAAUAGUAGUAUUAGUAGUAAUACUAAACAAUUUAUUCAAUAUAAUAAAAAACCAUUAAAUAUAUCUAUACAUUUAUGUAAUCCAUUAUCAAAUGGUAUGUUAUGUCAUUUAAAAUCAAUAAAAUUUACAAUACCCCAUCAACAUGAUUAUACAUUAAAUUUAAUUAAUAAAUUAGACAAUUUAUAUUUUAAUUCAAAUAAUUUAUCUUAUAAAUUAUUAUUAUUAUUGAUUAAUAAUAAUAAUAAUCAAUUAUUUAAUGAUAAUUAUUUAUUUGAUAAUUAUACAUGUUUAUUAGAAGUUGAAUUAAGUCAAUUAAUAACAAUCUAUGAAGAACAAUUACGUAUCCCUAGAGAUAAUAAAGAAUUAUUACGAUGUAAAUCAUUAGAAACAACUACAUUUAUAUAUGAUAAUAUGGAUUGGAGUUUAAUAAUUGAUUGGAAUCAUUUAUAUUAUAAAUCAAAAUUAUUUAAUAAAGAUAAUAUUACUACUCAUAAUAAAGAUACUACUGAUAAAGAAAUUGAUAAUAAACUUAAAUGUUAUAUACAAAGACAUAGUACACUUAAUUAUUGGUCAAGAAUUAAAUAUAUUCUACAUAUAAAUUGGAAUGAUUUAGGUAUAUAUACUACUGAAUUAUUAGAUCAUUUAAUUAAUCCAGAAAAUGAUUCAAAAACGAAUACAAUUUCAAUUGGUGAAUUUAAAUGGUUUACUACUAAUACUAAUACUAACUAUACUACUACUAAUACUACUAAUACUACUACUAAUAAUAGUAAUAUAUUCCCUAUUCUUACAUCAAAACAUAAAAUUUAUAUAAAAAUUCAAUUUUAUUCUAUAACACAUAUGAAUAUGAUUCAUUUAAUACCGACAUUACCACAAGGGAAUCAAAAUUGCACCCAUUUUAUUGAUCCAUAUAAUAUGAAAUGGUUUAUAAUGAGUGAUAUAUUAGGUACAUAUGUACGUUUAAAAUUAUUUAAUUCAAAUGAAUCAACUAUAUUAUCUAAUAAAAAUGAUUUAAAUUUAGAAGUAAGAUCAACAGCAUGGAUUAUUGAAUUAAUACCAUAUAAUAAAACAUUAAAUAUUAUUAAAUCAAUGAAUCCAUAUUAUGUAAUUUAUACUAAAAUGGAUAUGAAUCAAACAGAAAUAAAAUCACAAUAUCAAGAAGUUGUUUUAAAUUUAGAUGUUGAAAAGGUAUGUAGUCCAAAUUUUGGUUAUUCUCGUCCAAGUGAUAAUGCAAUUACAUUACGGAUUGAAUGGUUAUAUUCACAUAUUUUAUGUAGUGGUGAUUAUCAAAAUUAUGAUGAAUUGGUCGCUAAACAACGUUAUUAUCUUUUGAGAGAUAUAAAUAAUAAAGAUUUGGAAAAUGAACGUUUAAGUAAACUAAAACUGGAUCAAGUUUCAACAUCAUCUAGAGAAAAUGAAGAUCAUAAAGGCAAAUUAUCAGAAUCAAAUUAUAUAAAACGAUCAUCUUAUUUAAGAAAAUCAUCUGAAAUAUUAUCUUCGCCUAAAUCAAAUUUUCAAGAUUCAUUUAAGAUGAAAACAACUUCGACAAAAAAACCAAUAUCACCAAAUCAUUCAACAUAUUCAGGUAAUUCUUUAACAAAUUCACCGACUAUUCGACAAUUUUUAACACCUUCAGUAAUUAUUAAUAAUAAUACAUUGAAUUCAGAUACAAUUAAUAUAGAUAAAAAUUAUUUAAAUUUAAAUGAUGAUCCUUCUUCAAAUCAAUAUUGGCGUCGUCAUAGUUCUUGUUUAGAAGAUGUUGGAACAUCUAAACCAAGACAACGUAGACAAUUACCAUCUCCUCCUCCUUCAUCCUCAUCAUCAAUGAAAAUAUCUGGAGAUAUUCAUAAUAAUUCUACAAUUGAUCGUUUACAAACAAUAAAAACAAGUACAAAUAGUAGCCCACGUUUAUCAUUGAAAAAUGAACAUUCGGAUUUUGGUUAUUUUAACUAACUAACUAACUAACGAACUCACUGUUUCUUAGUUUCAUUACUUAAUAGUUUACCUAAUCAAAGUGUUUUUCUUGUGUGUGUGUGUGUAGGUGUGUGGGUGUGUGUGUUCGUGUUUUAGUGUCAUGGAAACUAAACAAACAAAAUUUCUUUAUUUUCAUUAUUUAUUUAAAGAAAGAAAAAAAAACAAUAACAUUAAUAACAACCAUAAAUUGUCUGUAUAUUAUAUGUGUUCAUUCAUUUGAUCAUUUGUAUUGUACAUUGAAUCUUGUUUAAAUUAUUUAUGAUCAUGAAACAGGAAAAAAAAUAAUAAAAAAAUGGCAAACUUUUUAAAAAAUCUGAAAUGAAUCUGUUUCAAUGUGAGUAAAUGUGAUUUUGUUUUUAUUUGUGUGUGUGGUUUCAUUUAUGCAUAAUAUACUACUGAUAUUACUUAUAUAUCAUAAAUAGUAAGUAGUAAGUGAAUGAGCUUCGUGUAUUUGCUUUUUAUUGUUGGUUUUGAAAAUGUUAUUUUAUCAUUGAUUUGUGAAGGGUGUUAUUUUUUUUUGUUUUUUUUUUUAAAAAAAUGUUGCUGAUUUUAAUGUUUGUUCUGAAUAAAAAUGACAAUCGAUUUUCUUUUUUCUUUCUUUUUUUGUUGAUUGAUUGUACAUUAGUUUGUCAUACAUUCAAGAUAACUAUCUUCUAUUUGAUGGAUAGUGGGUAGCCGUCAAAUCCAAAAUGUGUGUUUCAUCUUAUUUGGGAUUGGUCAG